AGUUCUUUGGCUCGAGGGAGCGCAAGCCAUCGUAUCACGACGUCGUAUCCCGACGUCCACAUGGCUCGAUUCAGCAAGGCGGAGGACACCGAGCAUUCGAAGCUCGCGGGAGCUGAGGAGACGCCAGAUUCCCCGCUGCGGGAGAUCCCGCUGUCCUCGCUGCAAAAGCGCUCCUCGCCGCUGAGCCUCAGCCACGCGAGCCUGGCGCACGGCUUGGACAGCGCGCGGCGCCUGGACGCCUUAGAGUGGCUGGUGCAAGCCUUUGAUGCCCUGGACCUGGCCAACGAGCAGCUCUUCUCCUCCAUCGGCCUGCUGGACCGCUAUGCGGCCGCCAGCAACAGCCCCAUCGCUGCGGGGCCGGGGGCAUUCGCACUCGUGCUCGCCGCCAUGCUGAUCGCCUUGAAAGUAGGUGGCUUCAAGAAGGAUCUCGAGUGCGCCCGGCAGCUGGUGGUGGAGGUUUCCGGGAGCUCCCGGCCCUGGGCAGCGGUGCGCAAGGCGGAGCUGAACAUCCUGCGGAAGCUGAGCUUCCGCGCGUGUACGCCCACGGCCUAUGACUUGCUGUGCCGGCUGCUGGGCGACCUGCUGGAGGACGACGCCUCGAAGCGCUGCAGCAACCUGGCCAAGUUCCUGCUGGAGAUGUGCAUCGUCUACGAGCCGGAGGCGCUCUAUGGCACGGGCCGGCCCCCGGUGCUGUGCGCCUGCGCCGCGCUGCUGCUGAGCUGCUUGGCCACCGGCACCCCAAGGCCCGUGGAGGCCCUGGGGGAUGCUGUGCACCUCACAGAGUCGAACAGAUCGGUCCUCACUGAGAUCGCAGAGGCGAUGCGGAACCGCUGGGCGUUGGAGGAGCAGAGACACGCCGUGGGCGGCAGCUCCAUCGUGCUGCAGAAGUGGACCCGCCGGGAGGGCGCCUUCGACGUGUCGCCGCCCGUCGCCUCAGAGCUCCGUGCGCUCACCUUGGGCUCCCGCGCGAAAGCCUCGCCCAAGCCCCGGCGCCUCUCGGGCAGCGAGAUCUCCGCGCUGCCCACGCCGGCGCGGCGGCCGCGGGAGGCACCGAAGAGCCAGGGACUUCCAGCGCCGCGGCUGGCGCCGAAGAAGGAGGAGCCGCGGCCACAGCCGCUGCAGCCUGCGCAGAAGGAGGAAGAGAAGCAAGAGAAGCAAGAGAAGCAGCGACACCAAGAAAACCGGCGAGAACAGCUGUCCUUCUGGCCUUUGUCAUCAAGUUCAACUGCAGGAGAGGGCAACGAACAGAACACCGAGCCAGAGCCCUUGCUUGAGCUGACGCACGUACUGAACAUGGUGGCCCCGCGGCCUCAGCAGGGCGCUGCUCUCGGCGCGUCCGGCGAGAAGAAGCUGCAAGCGCCCUCGGUGGCGGCUGAGCUGCUGGUGUCCUCAGCCCUUAGGAUGCACUGGCCGGCGGACAAGCGGAAGCUGGCGCCCAAGGAUGCGGCCGGCACCUGCCGUGAGGCAGCUGCAGUCCUCCAGGAGGCCAUACUGCAGCUCUCUGCAGCUGCCAACAUCUUUGAGAGUGGCAGCAGUGUCAAGGAGAUCGUCAAGAGCCGCGCUGAGACGAAGCGGCGGCGCACCUAUGCGGGGCCCAUGCCGGGCGCCGUUUCGCCUCCCGUGGGCAGCGUGUUGGCCAGCAGCGUGGUGCGGACCUCCACCACGGCCUACCGGGGCAGCCCACCCGUGGUGCGCACCAGCGGGCUGCGGGUGUGACGGCGUGCUCAUCUCUGGGGUUGCUCCGCUGGCCAGUAACGGAUGGGGACAUUUGCGGUUAAAUAAGCAGAGGGCUCUUAGGGUGAUUCUUGCCACUGUUACUGGUGAGGAAAGUGAUCCACUCCUUCUCUUGAUCUUUGAGCCUCUCUGAAAGGCCAAGUGAGGUCCAGAAAAGGCUGCAUCAAUUCAAGUGGCUGCAGGCCCGAACUGUUCAGAUCCAGGAAACAUGGAGAGGCAACCACCUUUUUGCCUCCCAACCUCCAGUCAAAGGCACCAAUUCAAAUCGAACCUGCAAGGUGUAAUUAAUUUCCCGCACGGCUGCGAUGGAAGCAGCCUCUCUGCAAGCUUUGGUCUAGGAGUGCUGUGCAAAGGCAAGACUGCCCAGUGGCACUUGCCAAGUGCUUUUGCGAUCCUUAGGUUUGGCA